AUGGCGGCAGAGCUUGAGCACAAGCUGUGCAAAGCACUGAGGGAUCAUCCGUACAGGUUCUCACAUCGUUACGAUGAGAACGCGCAGCGCGCUCUAUUGGAAAUUCUUUUUCGAUCCCUUACGAACGACAGACCUGACUACUUGUCGGCCCUCUUCCCUGCUGGAUUUCCGGAGUCUUACAAACUCAAAGACGCUCAAGGAAUAACACAGAGCUCAGAAUACACGGAAGCCGCAAGAGGUCAUCCAUGUGGUCAUAUAUUCAAGCAAGGAGAGGCCUCGUACCAUUGCAUGACCUGCACCAACGACGCUACCUGUGUCCUCUGCUCUCGAUGUUUCGAUGCUAGUGACCAUGAAGGUCAUCAGUUCCACAUAUCUGCGAGCGCGGGGAACAGUGGUUGCUGUGAUUGCGGCGAUCUCGAGGCAUGGAAAAGACCCGUAAACUGUGCCAUACACACGGCAUCUGAAAAGACGAAGACGGGAUAUCAGCCUUCCUCUUUGCCUCCAGACUUAGUUCAGUCCAUCCGCACGACUAUUAGCAGAGUUCUGGAUUACUUCUCUGAUGUCAUAUCAUGCUCACCUGAACAGCUCCGGCUUCCUAAGACGGAAGAAAGCAUCAAGCAUGAUGAGAGCUUUUCACGGCUGGGCCCGCAGUGGUAUGCUGGUGGUGAUGAAUACGAAGUAAAUCCUGAAUACUGUCUGAUAGUGUGGAAUGAUGAGAAGCACACAGUGGAAGAAGUAAGAGAUGUCAUCAAAAGAGCUUGCAGGAAGACGACAAAAUUCGGCCUCACAAAGGCCUGGGAGGCGAAUGAUAUUGGACGAUCGAUAUUGAGGCAUUCCAGAGACCUGAAGGAGCUGAUCAGAAUGUCGAACAUCGUUGAGAGUAUCAAAGUCACCACAACCAUCCGUACAUCUAGAGACACUUUCAGGGAGCAAAUGUGCGGCACGAUCGUCGAAUGGCUGUCAGACAUCUCUGGAUGUAGUGUUUGUGAGGACCACAAUGUUCUUCGGUACACAAUCUGCGAGGAAAUGCUCCAACAAUGGCGCGUUGGUAGCGAGGCUUACAAUGCGCAGAUCGGCCGAAGUGGCAUCGAUGAUCAUCAACAUUCUGAUACAAGGUAUCGGUUUGCUACCCUACCUUUGUUGACAGAGUUGGGAAUUGCUCCCGAAGUGACUGCGGAUGCCGAGGAUAAUGAAGAGGACAUGACUGAAGCUAUCGGCCAGACAGAAACCGAUCCAAUGGAGGUAGAAGGCACAUUCGAUGGACGUGAGGAGGAUGAAGAGGGCCGUCCAGACGUGAGAUUGCUGCUGAGACAGGUGGAUUUUGAAAGGUUGAAUGAUCGUCAACUAUUGGAUGCUGCUCCGCCGGCUGCUAUGCCAACCCAAGACAGCGGUGGAAUGGAUAUGGGUCCGCCGCACCAGGGAGCUGAAGAAGAGGAAGAAGAAGCAGCAGCUGAGCAGGUUCGCCAACCAGGCACUCAAUACCAACAGGACACCGAAGUUUUCACACCAACCGAGUCGGACCCUCAAGAUGCUGGCUUCAUAUCUCAAGAUCUAACAGCAAACUACAACAACAUCCCCCGAACGCCUUACGGCAGACGGAAGAUUCUUGGUGGCGUCCAGCCAAGCCACUGGGCAGUUCGGCCGUCUGGAUCAGUCGACAGAUCGAAUCUCCCCCUCUACGAGGAUCUGACAAAAAAUAUUCGACUCGAUUCCAUGGUUCUGUUUGAUAUGCGAAUGUGGAAGAAAACGAGAAUUGAUCUUCGCGAUCUUUACAUCAGCACAGUCGUCAACGUACCAGUCUUCAAGCGCAUACUGGGUCUCCGGUUCUCUGGGCUAUACACCUCGCUUUCUCAGCUCUACCUGAUUGCGGACCGAGAACCAGAUCAUUCAAUCAUCAACCUAUCUUUACAGAUGCUGACAUCGCCAUCCAUCACGGAGGAAGUCAUCGAACGAGGCAAUUUCCUAACUAAUCUAAUGGCUAUCCUGUACACUUUCCUCACUUCCCGCCAGGUGGGCUUUCCUCAAGACGUGAGCUCGUCCGCUACCCUGGCUUUUGACACUGGGUCUGUUACCAACCGACGUUUGUACCAUUUCUUCACAGACCUCAGAUAUUUUUUGUCUUCUGAACCCGUCCAAAGAAAAGUUCGUGAAGAGAGGCAAUAUCUACUUCAAUUCAUCGAUCUUGUCAAGCUCUCACAAGGUAUUUGUCCAAAUUCACGAGCUGUUGGAGAACAUGUGGAGUACGAAACAGACGCCUGGAUUAGUGCGUCACUAUUGACCAGAGAAAUCAACAAGCUCUGCCGCCAGUUCUCUGAGUCUUUCUCAUCUGUCAACUCAAAAGGGAAAGUUGGAGACGGUAUAGCAUAUGUGAUCUAUACAUCUACCUUCGCUACCAUUGUCAACUCUGUGGGGUUAGAACGCAGCAGGUUCGACCAGACUGAGAUCAAGGAGGUCGCUCGAUUCAAGCAGCUCAAACCAUUUGAGUUUGAGGACAAUGCAGACCAGUACAGAGAGAAGACUCAUCGCGUCAUCGACUAUGUGGUUGAGACAGGCGCCCUCAGUUUCCAUCAUGCAUUACACUAUACCUUGUCCUGGCUGAUAGAGGCUGGCAAGAGUCUGUCUAAUGCAGAAAUGCGAGACGUGUUGUACAAGGCCAGCUCUGACUUUGUCAAACAGUAUGGGCCUCUCAACUCGUCCGUAAAAGGCUUCUACGAGCCUGAGGAUGCAUUACUUGCUCUUUAUGAUUUCCCCCUGCGAGUCUGUGCCUGGCUUGCCCAAAUGAGGGCCGGUCUGUGGGUACGGAACGGUAUGAGCUUGCGUCACCAAAUGUCGCAAUACAAGGGCGUGAAUUUCCGUGAUGUAGGUUAUCAUCGUGAUAUCUUCCUUUUGCAAACUGCAUUUGUGACCUGCGAUCCGAGCAGAUUGCUUGCCACCAUGAUUGACCGUUAUGGUUUGGAGGCAUGGAUGCGGGGAAAGUACAACGUCAGAAAAACCUGUGAAGAUUUGCAGAGAGUCGAUAUCUUGGAGGAUUUUGUCAAUCUGCUAAUCAUGAUCCUCAGCGAUCGCUCAUCCCUCAUCGCCAUUGAAGACGAACCAAACCCGCUUCUGGUAGCGACCCGCAAGGACAUAAUUCAUGCCCUAUGCUUCAAGCCUUUGUCGUUCUCUGAUUUGAACACCAAGCUCAAUGAGAGGGUGCAAGACUACCCAGAUCUGCACCGUAUUUUAAUGGAGAUGACCACGUUCCGCGCUCCUGAAGGCUUGACCGACUCUGGAACCUUCGAGUUGAAGCCCGAAUAUCUGGAAGAGCUGGAUCCUUACAACACAAACUAUAACAAGAAUCAGCGAGAGGAGGCUGAGAAUAUUUACAAAGACUGGAUGUCUAAGAAAAUUGGCAAGCCUGCUGAAGAAGUUGUGCUAGAACCAAAGCUCCGUCCAAUACCAACUGGCGUGUAUAGCGGCCUUGCUUCCUUCACAAGCUCACGUCUAUUUGCCCAGAUUGUCUUCUAUGCGUUUGACUAUGCCCUCGUUGCGAAGAGCAUGACCCCGGAUGUUCCCGCCACCCGCAUCGAGUCAUUGCUGCAUGUUGUUCUUCAGCUCGCGUUGGUUGCAACUCUAGAGGAUGACACCACUGAGGAUGAGUUCACGGAAGAGUCCAUGCAUUCUUUCAUACGCCAUGCAUUGACCGCUAAGGCUGUCACUCAGCCUCAAGGGCAUGAGACCAUCAUCGAGGUCUUGCAGUCUAUUUCCACCAUGGAAGAAUACGCUUCGUGCAGGCCGAAGAUUAAGCACCUCCUUAAACUGUUCUGCCGAAAACGGACGUUUGACUUUAAUCGAGCAACAGCAGGUCUCGACUUUCCCUUUGGCAGGCUAGACACCGCCUCUCCUGCAAAUCUAGAGCAGGGGGUCGAAGCUAAGAAGAGACAAGCUGAUGAACGUAAGGCAAGGGUUAUGGCCCAAAUGCAGCAGCAGCAGCAGAAUUUCAUGGACAAUCAAGGAGUAUCUGACUGGUCUGACGAAGACUUGAGUGACACCGAAACGGAAGCACCCGUGGCCAUGGGUAAGAAGGUCUGGAAAUAUCCGACAGGUGUGUGUAUUCUCUGCCAGGAAGAGACGAACCCGGGCAGACUCUACGGUACUUUUGGAAUGUUCACCGAAAGCAACAUCCUCCGGCAGACCAAUCUUGAUGAUGCUGAUUUGGUUCGAGAAGUGUUGAACACACCGGCCAGUCUUGAUCUGUCCAUCGAGAACAUUCGUCCCUUUGGUGUCGCUGGUGAAAAUCAUGAGCAGGUCGUGCGACUUACUACAGAAGGCAAUUCAAUCAUGACAGAUCGACAAGGGCUCGGGAAAGGCUGGCCCAUGGGAUUUGUAAGGAGAUCGCCAAUAUCAACAGGCUGUGGUCAUCUAAUGCAUUUUGCAUGCUUUGAUCACUAUUUCAAAUCUGUUGCGAGGCGGCAUGCACAACAAAUCGCCAGACACCACCCCGAGCGAAUAGAAAACAACGAAUUCGUGUGUCCGUUGUGCAAAGCACUUGGAAACACUUUUCUACCUAUUCUUUGGAAAGAAAAGGAGAACUGCUAUCCGGGUGUGCUCCUCAAUGAAGAGAGUUUGGAAUCCUUUCUUGAGGCCGAAGUCUAUCGCAUACUUCCGAUGCAACAGGCCCUUGAGCAAAGCGGCCUUGAAAAUGCUCGGAAUGUCCAGAAAUCUUUCCCAGCUUCUGUCACAGCAGGGUUCUUUGAGACAAUGAGAAAGGCGGUGUCUCUGGGUCGAUUGAUAAGCCCAACUACUUCAGUGCCUCCUUCAAUGAUAGAGUUGGCCCAUGUUUUCUCCAGGCUUGGAGACACCAUUAAUAUCAACGGCUUCAAUCGUUUGCAGGUUUCUCCCUCGUCAGUACAGCAUGUCUCCUACAUCGACGUCUUGCUUUCUCUACUUGGGUCCUCGGUGUCGGCGGUCGAGAUUGGGCAGCGUGGUGUUGCUGCCGGAUCUGGAUUCAACCUGCUAGAGAGAACAUCUACCCAGACGCUGUCUCACCUCCGCAUACUUUCAGAGACGAUCAGCUCUUACAUCUCGUCUGGCGAGAUAUCUGUUGAUUCGUCUGUAGAUGAUCUUUCAGCAGCACAGAAACGAUUAUUUCGCCAGCUGUUCGUAAGAUCAGCAUCAGCACUUUCCACUGCCAACCACGGGAACUCCCCUAGCGCCGCUACACAUGUAGGACCUCUGUUUCUCCAAGACGUCUUUGACGUAUUCGUGCAAUCUUGCUUGGUCCUCAGUCCAACCUUAAAAAUCAGCAUCCAUCACAUUUUGCGGCUUUGCUACCUAGCCCAAAUUGUGCAGACUAUUAUGGCGUACAUCAACCGUCCAGGACGGCUAGCAAACCUUGUUGAGGAUCCCAGGACUGCGCGACCCAUCUCACCUCCGGCAACACCGCCAACUGGAUCUGAAGUGCAGGCGCUUUCAGCUCUUACCGAGUGGAUGACUGAAAUAAUUUACAAUGCUGGAUACAUGCCCAGCAGACUCGCUCCACAUUGCGAGCAAGCUCUGUUUGCCUUGGUUCGGUCUUAUAGCCUUACCUUUUUACGUAGAGCCACAAUAUUCCUGCAUAUUAGCCACGGUGUGGAUUUUCCCGCUUCUUCUCACCACGAACUACCCGAGAUCGAUCGGCUCUCACGCCUGCUCAAUCUCCCUAGUCUAUAUGACAUAGUCUCGGAUUUUCAGCCCUCUUCCGGAAAACGUUCCACCAAAGACCAAGUCUCGGGCUGGAUCCUCACCUUCGCAAGACACCAACAGAGCAAACAAGUUGGAGAAGGCAGCUACAUCCCUCUUCAUCCGUCAAGAGGCUCCGGAGAUCCUGCAAAGGGACAUUUGGUCAUAGACCUCUCUCGCAAUAUAACUUUACCUCACCCAGCACCAUUCGAGCUUAUCGGCCUACCAAAGUACUUUGAUGUCCUCAUGGAGGAGGCAAACCGCAGAAAGUGUCCAUCGACCGGCAAAGAUCUUACAGACCCAGCGCUAUGCUUAUUCUGCGGGGCGAUCUUCUGCAGUCAAGCGGUCUGCUGUAUGAAGAACAAGAUCGGUCCAGCCAAUCUCCAUGUUGAGAAAUGUUCCUCUCCAAUCGGAAUCUUCCUCUCCAUACGCAAAUGCACCAUCCUCCUCCUCCACAUCGUUCGUAAACCCAUCCCACUUCCCCCAUCCUCCUCUAAUAUCCCCGCCUCGGCCCCAAAACCCGCCACCUUGACCUCAUCCUCUUCAUCAUCCGCCUCUCCACCAAACCCAUCAUCCCUUCAUUUUGGCGCCCCGAAAUCCAACGGCGGCUGGUUCCAUGCCCCGUAUCUGACGAAACAUGGUGAAGUGGAUCCGGGACUGAGGCAGCGACAUCAGUUGGUGUUGAAUCAGAAACGGUAUGAUCGCCUGUUGAGGGAAGUGUGGUUGAUGCUGAAUGGAAAUGUGUGGAGUACGGUAGCGAGGAAGUUGGAGGGGGAGAUCAAUGGCGGGGGUUGGGAGAGUAUCUGA